AUGGCAUUCGCUUGGAAAAAGAAUUUUAGCUACUCGAAAUAUGCUUCCGUAUGCUCCCAGACAGUUCGUCAGGCAUUGAAGCCUGAAAUACGUUCUGAUCUUAAGGGUUCCAACAACGUGGAAUUUGUCUAUGCCAAGUGGAAGAAUGGAAACCAGGAACCAGCUCAAACUUAUCGAUCUGCUGACGCCGAGCAACAAAAGUAA